CAAUGGAAGCCAAGGGUAAAAAGAAGUUCGUGGGGAAGAGUGGAAAAGCACCUCGUGGAAAAGUGCCACACGGGAAAAGGAAAUUUAAAAAAGGUAAUGAUUCAGGUCCACCAAAGAAACUUCUUAACAAAGGAGAUGAGGAGGGAAAGCCCAAAUCUGUUUCCAAGAAGUUUGUGAAAGGACAGUUAAGACCUGGAAGAGCUAGUGUCAAACAAUUCAAGAAUAAACAGCAAUCAGAAAAGCUUGCAAAGAAAAGGAAGCUUCAGGAUGGUGAAGAAGGAGGGUCAGAUUCUAAAAAGCCGAAGUGGAAUGACUUCAAAAAGAAACGGAAGGAGUUAAAGCAAACCAGACAACUUAAUGAUAAAAGUAAUUAUGACAUAAUUGUAAAAUCAAAGCAAAUAUGGGAAAGUGUGAGAAGGAAGAAAUGUGAUAAGGAGAAGCGAGAAAAGCUAAUGAAUGAACUACAAAAGCUUCUUCAUGGAAAAAUUAAAAGUCUGGCAUUUGCACAUGAUUCAACUCGAGUGAUCCAGUGCUUUAUUCAGUAUGGUAAUGAGAAGCAAAGGCAAGAGACAUUUGAAGAACUGAAAGAUAGCCUAGUAGAGUUGAGCAAGUCAAAAUAUUCCAGAAAUAUUGUGAAGAAGUUUCUUAUGUAUGGGACAAAACCACAAGUUGCAGAAAUAAUAAAAAGUUUUAAAGGCCAUGUGAAAAAAAUGCUCCGACACGCUGAAGCAUCUGCUGUAGUGGAAUAUGCAUAUAAUGACAGAGCUAUUCUGGAGCAGAGGAAUAUGCUGACAGAAGAACUAUAUGGGAACACUUUCCAGGUUUACAAGACACCAGUUGUCCCAACACUGGAUAAAGUGUUAGAAGCUCAGCCUGAAAAGAGGGAGGCCAUCUUGGAUGAAAUGAAACAGAUUCUUACACCAAUGGCACAAAAAGAGGCUGUGAUAAAGCACUCACUGGUACAUAAAGUAUUUUUGGACUUUUUCAUUGCUUUAUCACCUUUUCUUCUCCAGGAAAUGAUAGAAGCUAUCAGAGAGGCUGUCAUCUACCUGGCACACACUCAUGACGGAGCCCGAGUAGCGAUGCACUGCUUAUGGCAUGGUACUCCCAAGGACAGAAAAGUUAUUGUGAAAACUAUGAAGACAUAUAUUGAAAAAAUAGCAACG